AUGGCGUGGCUGCCGAUGCCGCCGCUUGCUUGUGUUCUCCACGAGGGUCGCCAGAGAAGCAGCCGGUCACUCCCCCCUCACCCAAUGGGAGCCCCACUGCCACCUGCACAGUACAGCAGCCCCGGGGAAGAUGGUUCCAGCCGCGCCUCCGUCGAAGCUGAGAGUCCUCCACGCGACAUCAAGCGCUCCGUCGACGACGAGCCUUCCCCCACUCGCCGAGUCAAGAGCAGGUCGCCACCGGAGUCGCCGCAGAAGCAGCUCGUCGCACUCCCCCCACCUGAGGCCGCAGCGGGAGUCACCCUCCACCCACCCGAGGUUGGGACCCCUGCACAGCACGGUGGCGCUGGGGAGGAUGGUACUGAAGACGGAUCAAUUGCCGAGUUAGGUAUCAAACUAUUUCCUUGUCUCCCACGUGACCAAGCAGCCGCUCUGUGGGUUGGUUUUGUCAAUGAUGCCAAGACCUGCAUCAAGCAAUAUAACAUCAAGCAUAAGGUCAACUUUGUGUACAAGCAUGAACCAAGUAAUGUGUUCUACAGGGUUGAAGAGCAAGAUGGCCGUGCUUACUACCACACGAACUUCUAUGCUCAGGAUGAGUAUGGACACUCACAGCUCUUCUUUGGGGAGAUCAAAGAAUGUGUUAGGCCUCAGGUGGAGGAUGUCACCUGCUGUUGUCCCGUCUCGUCUUCUGAUACUGGUAUAUAA